GAUAUUUAUGAAAAUUAAAUGAUAUCAAGUUAUAAGUAAAGAAUCAUUUCAGAUGGCGAUUUAACACCAUUCUGGUGAAAGCUAAUUGCUUGUUUUCUUUAAUAAGUUCCUCAUUGAAGCAUUAUAGAAGUUUAGAAAUAUCCAGAGACAUUUCAAGUCCUGAUGGAAACAGAUUUCCCAAGAGGAGUGCUAGAAAACGCUACAAUUAAAACACCUGGGAACCCACCCCUCAUAGUAAUACAGUUUGGAUUACGCCUCAUUGUGCAGCAUAGAAUCUCAUUUAUCUUCAGUAUGAGCUCCAAAAGAAUCCAAAUGGCUUGAGUUGUUGGGAGUCAGUCAGCUGCAGAGCUAAAAACAGCUUUAUUUGACUUAGUGCUUAAAAGAAUAUUGGAGGACACUCUGGAACCUUUCUGCUAUAGGAAGAAGUUAUUCCUCCUUUUAUGAUGGAUGAAAAAUGAGUGAAUAUAGCUACAAGAUGAAUAAAUAGUCCAGCUUAUUUCCAGGGUUCCCAGUGCCGAUUCCGACACUGUGAAGAGGCCCUUGGCAGUGACACUGUGUGCUCAUUAUGGAGAGAGGGAAAAUGUUUAGAUCCACUUUGCAGAUUUAGACACAUGGAAAUGCAGCAAAACUGCAGCAUUUCAUGCUUCUGGGAAACUCAACCUCUUGGUUGUGUGAAGAUCAGUUGUAUCUUUUAUCACAGCAAACCUCGAAAUAUCAAUGGAUUAUUUUUGCCACCAAGUAGCAAUAUCACACCACAGAAAGAAACUCAGGAAGGAAUUCCACCCCUGACCCAGAGUCAGGAACCCCUGAAACCUCAGGAGAAUAUAUCACGACCCAUUCAUCAUCCUUUAGUUUUAAAAACUAACUUUGAGGAAGAAGAGGAGGAAGGAGAUGAACAAAAUGAUGCAUCUAGUUUAUGGACAAAGACUCCUGAAGAAAUUGAAGAAAAAAGAGCAAUAAAGGAGAUGUGUUAUAAAUCCGGUGAAUACUACAGAUUUCAUACUCCAGAUAUUUCAUCAUCAAAAAGCAUAGCCUCUACAGCAGACAAAGAGUUAGAAAAGCCUUUGGAAAAUGGCAGUGAAUUGCAAGAAGGGGAUGGUCUUACAGUUCCAACAAAAUUUAGCCUAUCUGAAAGGCAAGGUGAGAUAAAAGCAUCAUUGGAUAGGAAACCAAGGACUGACAUUGCUGCUUUUGAAAAUGGAGGAGGUGACUGUUAUGUUCCACAGAGGAUCAUAUUCCUUGGAGUAGAUGAAAAGGAAGCUGUAACUGAAGAGAAAGAAAUUACCGUGUCAAAAUGUUCAAAUACUAAAGAUAACAAGGACAGCCCUCAUCCAAAGCGUUCCCUAACUACCCGACUAGUACCUACAACGCAUGUAUUAAAUGCUACUGAGAAUAUCAGUAUGAAGUGCAGAGAGGACCCCUCUUCAAUGAAUGAUGUCCAGCCAGUGAGGAAGCCUCACUUUAAAGGUGUGAAGAAAAGAAAAUGGAUUUAUGAUGAACCAAAGAAUUUUCCUGGCCAAGGAAUGCAGAGAGCAGUACAGGCCCCAAAUCCCAAAAAUAAAAUGAGUUACCAUCGCAAUAAUAAAAACAGAAGUGCUGAGAAUGCAUCCUAUAUCCAUGUUCAGAGAGAUGCUAUCAGGACUGUCUCACUGAGUGCACCUCCCCGCAGCAGGCCCACAAAUAGGUCCUACAAUAAAGUCGAUGUUAACAAGGAACCCAAACUCAACCUUUGUCCAGAUAAAUAUAUGUCAACAUCAUAUAAUGGUUCAGCCUGGCGAAAAAGGAUUCCUUUUUCAAAAACAUAUUCAAAAACUGAAAAGAUAUAUACAGAGCCAAGAAGAAAUGGGAGCAAGUAAAUCUGGAGGUUGAGAGAAGAGAAAAAUGAGAAGAGAAAAGUGCCAGAUAUCAUCUGAUUUACAAUCAAAAGUGAAAAUUCAAAGAAUGAGAUAUUCAAGUACUCCAUACUAUAUACUGGGUAGCCAAAGAUGAUAAAAUGCAAAUUCUGAAAAUAAGAUGCAGGAAGUACAUUGUGCUCUUUCAAAACUGAUAAAAAUGCAAAUUACAAACA